AGCGUGAACUCCGGCUUACCCAUUAUAUUCAGCAGUCAGCCGGUCUGCAGCAACUUAUAGUCAUUCGAGAACUAUGAAAUCGCGUUUUAUGAAUUAAACCUCUCCGUGACUGUUAUAUAUGUUUUAAAAGGACGCUUCUUUCUGGUAUUGAGUAUUUUAGCAGGGCUGUGCUUGUGAUUUCCAGUGAAGAUGUCAGUGGUGGGAUUUGAUGUGGGCUUCCAGAGCUGUUAUGUUGCUGUCGCUCGCGCCGGUGGAAUAGAGACAGUAGCGAACGAAUACAGCGACCGAUGUACACCGUCAUUUGUAUCAUUUGGUCCUCGGAAUCGUUCGAUUGGGGCAGCCGCCAAAAGCCAGGUGGUCACAAACUGCAAGAACACUGUGCAGGGUUUUAAGCGAUUCCAUGGCAGGGCGUUCAGUGACCCUUAUAUCCAGGCGGCAAAGUCCGGCCUGGUCUAUGAUCUUGCUCAGAUGCCGACUGGAACCACUGGCAUUAAGGUCAUGUAUAUGGAGGAAGAGAAGGUGUUCGGCAUUGAGCAGGUCACUGCCAUGCUGCUGACCAAACUGAAAGAGACCGCUGAAGCUGCACUCAAAAAACCUGUGGCAGACUGUGUCAUCUCUGUCCCCAGCUUCUUUACUGAUUCCGAGAGAAGAUCAGUCAUUGAUGCUGCACAGAUCGCAGGCCUUAACUGUCUCAGACUCAUGAACGACACUACAGCAGUUGCACUGGCAUAUGGGAUCUACAAACAGGACCUGCCCGCUCCUGAGGAGAAGCCCAGGACUGUGGUGUUUGUGGAUAUUGGUCAUGCUAGUUACCAGGUCUCCGCGUGUGCCUUUAACAAGGGGAAGUUGAAGGUUCUGGGUUCUGCGUUUGACCCUGAGCUGGGCGGUAAAGACUUCGAUGAGGUGCUGGUCCAGUACUUUUGUGAGGACUUUGCUCAGAAGUACAAGCUGGACGUGCGAUCGAAGCCCCGCGCUCUGGUGCGACUCUACCAGGAGUGCGAGAAGCUGAAAAAGCUCAUGAGUGCAAACUCCUCCGACUUGCCGCUCAACAUUGAAUGCUUCAUGAAUGACAUCGAUGUCAGCAGCACACUCAACAGAGCCAAGUUCGAGGAGCUCUGUGCAGGGCUGUUGGCCAAGGUGGAGGGUCCUCUGCGCAGCAUCAUGGAACAGACCAGACUGAAGAAAGAGGACAUCUAUGCGGUGGAGAUCAUUGGCGGCGCCUCCAGGAUUCCAGCCAUCAAAGACAAAAUCAGCAAAUUCUUUGGGAAGGAGCUGAGCACGACGUUGAAUGCAGAUGAAGCUGUGGCCAGAGGAUGUGCACUGCAGUGUGCAAUCCUGUCGCCCGCCUUUAAAGUGCGUGAGUUUUCCAUCACAGAUGUGGUGCCUUACCCCGUCUCUCUGAAGUGGACCUCAGCAGCUGAUGAAGGCAUCGGUGAUUGCGAAGUUUUCCCAAAGAACCAUGCCGCACCAUUCUCUAAAGUGUUGACUUUCUUCCGGAAGGAGCCCUUCACUUUGGAGGCCUACUACAGCAAUCCAAAAGAGUUGCCGUAUCCCGAUCCUACCAUAGGCCAGUUUAACGUCCAGAAGGUGGUUCCUCAGCCGUCAGGCGAGAGCUCCAAGGUGAAGGUGAAGGUACGUGUGAAUGUACAUGGGGUCUUCAGUGUGUCCAGCGCCUCUCUGGUGGAGGUCGUGAAAACUGCUGAGGGAGAAGAACCCAUGGAGACGGACACUCCAGCCAAAGAGGAUGAGAACAAGAUGCACGUGGAUCAAGAAGCACAAAAGGCUCAAGGUGAUGAACAGAAAGAACAAGCUGAGAAGAAAUCAGACACUGAAGACAUGGAGACUUCACCAGAGGACAACAAACAAGAGAAGAAGAAUGAGCCUCCACAGGCCAAGAAACCCAAAGUGAAAACAAAGACGGUGGAUCUGCCCAUCGAGAACAGUCUGCACUGGCAGCUGGCCAGCGACAUGCUCAAUCUGUUCAUGGAGAAUGAGGGGAAGAUGAUAAUGCAAGACAAGCUGGAGAAGGAAAGGAACGAUGCAAAGAACUGUGUGGAGGAGUAUGUUUAUGAAAUGAGAGACAAACUGCAUGGAGUGCUGGAGAACUUUGUCAGUGAGGCUGAUCGAGAUUCUUUCUCCUUAAAACUGGAGGACACUGAAAACUGGCUGUACGAAGAAGGAGAGGACCAACAGAAGCAAGUAUACAUUGAUAAACUGGCUGAGUUGAAGAAACUGGGAGAUCCUAUUCAAACCCGAUACAUUGAGAACGAGGUGCGGCCAAAAGCGUUCGAAGAGCUCGGAAGGCAAAUCCAGCAGUACAUGAAAGUCGUAGAAGCUUAUAAGGCAAAGGAUGAGCUGUAUGAUCAUCUGGAUGAGCUGGAGGUCAUGAAGGUGGAGAAGCAGGUGAACGAAGCCAUGACCUGGAUGAAUAACAAAAUGAACCUGCAGAGCAAACAGAGUCUCAGCCAGGACCCAGCCGUUAAAGCCCAAGAGAUCCAGGCCAAAACGAAGGAGCUGUAUUCUGCUUGCAAUCAUGUUGUCAGCAAACCUAAGCCCAAAGUGGAGCCUCCAAAAGAGGAGACACCAGCCGAACAGAACGGGCCUGUUAACGGACAGGAGGGUUCAGAGGAUCAACCGGCCAGCCCAGAGAAGGGCCGAGCCGCCCCAGAAACCACAGAGGCCAAACUUCCUGAAAUGGACAUUGACUAACUUAGCUUGCCGCUCUUCUGUGUCCGCACCAGCCUCUCUUAUACGCCUCUGAGUUCGGAUUAAAAACACACAAAAAAAAAAAAAACAUUACUCAAUUCAGCAAAUGUUCUCUUGCUCUUGGUGGCAUGUUUCUUUCUGUUUCACAGGAUACAUAAAGAUCCAAUCUACUUUCUUUGUUUGUUUGUUUCUUCAACAAGGAAAUAACAUGUGACAGGUAUAGGAAGAGAACCUGGUCUUUGUUGCUUUUUCCCCUGAUGGGAUUAUAAAGUGAGAUGGACUGGUUUAGUGCUGUUUAAUGGAUUUCGGUUCUAUUUGGAGAGUUAAUUGGCAUUGAAGAUUAGUUGCUUCACACGUGAGAUUCUUGUUGAAAGUUUCCAACCACCGGGUGUUGGUGAAGAUGCACUGAAACGGAGGAGGAAGAGCCUGAACAUUCGCUGACAGAAGAGGCAAUGAGCGUCACUGUAUGUGGAAGUAGAGCUGAGUUACUGUUAUGCAGUAUUUCGUUGUGAGAGGUGCGUCAUGGUGCUUUUGGGUUUAGCCAUGUUUGUUUUACUUUUACUUUUUCUACUCUGCAACCUGUGGGAAUGAUGGAGACUAAUUUGGUGUCCAUCCAGUCAUAAAUGAUGAUAAUUAUAAAUAAACCAUUCAUUUUGGUAUACAGACAAGGAUUUAUUGGAAUGUGUAACUCUUGUGAGAUAUUGGAUGUACAUACUGGUCUACUGUUAGUGUAAUUCUAGUGUCAGUUUACUGAGGUGAAAUAAAAUCAUUUAAGGGUAUUUUGACCAUCACAUCUGCUGAGCUGUUUGCUGAAGUGGAAAUGCAAAAGGUACAAAUACAUGAUUGUUGACAAAAAAUUAUACAUGACAUUGAAUAACUAAACUAAUUUAUAUAAAUAAUAAAAUUGUAAUCAAUUUAUAA